UUGGAAUUCACCAUCAUGGCGGCGUCAUUACAAAACUAUGAGCUAAUUUUCGGCGAUUGAGUGACUUCAGAAAUAAAUGGACAAAUGAGAACAUGCAAAGCGACAAGAAAAUCACCAAGGAAGACACAUGGAGACCAUCUGACCUGAGAAGACACAUCAGGGAAGAAGGACAUGGUGACGAGAGAAAGCACCGUGGUGGGGAAUCCCUAGAGAGACGCCGCAGAGACCUAGAGAAGGAGUCUAGACGAGAGAGAGAGAAGCACAGGGAAAGGGAGACUACAAGAGAGAGAAGAGAUGAAGAUGAAAAAAACAGAUAUGCAGAUCGACGGAAAGAGGGCUCACGAGAUAGGAGAGGUGAUAAGGAAAGGGAUAGAAGAGAUGAGAAGGACAGGGAGAAGAGAAGGGAAAGAGACAAGAUGGUAGACGAAAAGAGGUAUGGUGAUGACUACAGAGAGCACAGAGAGAGAAGGCGAGAUAGAGAGGAAAGGUAUGAAAAGGAGAGGGACAAGGAAAGUCACAGAGACAAGGAGAAAGAGAGGGAAAGAUAUAGAGAGAGGCACAAUGAGGAGGACAGGGACAAAAGGAGAGAAGAGAAAGACAAGGAAAGAAGGAGAGAACAACGAGACAGAGAGCACAGGUCUGAGAGGGAGAGAAGGAGACAUAAGGAAAGCAGAGAGGGAGAGAGAGAUCAGAUAGAAAAGCAUGAUAAAGAGAGGAGAGAUCGGCAUGGAGAGAGAGAGAGACACAAAGAUGAUUAUGAAGACAAGAGGAAUGACAAAGAGCGACGAGAGAGACACGGAGACAGAAAGAAUUCGGAGCUGAGGGAGGAAAGAGAGCACAAAGACGAACAUAGACGACAUAAAGAGGAGAGAGAGAGGAGACACAAAGAGAGAGGAAAUCAUGAUGAACAGUGGAAGCGUGACAGUGAAUCCAGGGUGCAUCGAGACUUAAAGGGGUCAAGUGAAGAGGUCAGGCAUCACCGUGGUGACAGAGAGCGAGCGGAACGGGACACACACAGGGAGAGAAGGCACAGAGAGGGGGAAGACCUGCAAAGAAAUCAUCACAGAGACAGAACCAGCUCCAACAAAUCAGCAUCUGACAAAAGUCACAGGCAUGAGACUAAAACUGAGGAUGCAGCAAAGGUAUCUGACCACUGCGCAGCUAGUGUGGCAGGUGUAGCAGACAGAGAGGAGCCUCUGCAGAUUGUCAAUGAUGAAGAUUUGGCUGACCAGGAAUAUGAGGAUGACUUUGAGAAACUGGAUUAUGAGGAGGAUUUUGAGGAGAUGGAUGAGAGUGCAAAUGAAGGUGAAGACGAGAAGGAGCCACAGCAUCCAGAGGUGGGAGAAGAGAGGGAGGAACUCACAGCACAAAGGAGGAAGGAAAUUGAAGCAAUUCAGAGAGCCAUGGAUGAAGAGAACGAGAGAGUCGGAACAGCUCAGUCCAGACAAAUUACAAGCAGAGAGGAGGAAGAUGGGCCUAAAUGGUCCAGGGGAUCCGAAAAGACCCAGAGCAGAGCCUCCCAACGUGGAAAGUUUAUCGACUUUGUGGCCGCAAAGCAGCGUGAAGUCAGCAAGAAAGUUGCCACAAAACAGAAAAAACGCAGCACGGAGCUCCUUCGCUUAAUCGAUCUGGAUUUCUCGAUGACAUUCUCCCUUUUGGAUCUCCCACCUGUUAAUGAAUAUGACAUGUAUAUCAGAAGCUUUGGAACUGCAAACACGAAGCAGGCUUAUGUUCAGUGUAAUGAGGACAAUGCAGACAGAGACAUCCAGACAGAGGAGAUAGAGAUGUGUGAGAAGUGGACGCAGCAUCCUCCAGAGCACAGCGGGGCCUGUGGUGAUCUGAACCUUGCUCAUGAAGCACGAGACAGAUCCAUAAGUGAAGCCAACUUCGAUUCACAGCGUCUGACAGCAUUUAUGCGCUCAGCCUCACAGGUCAUGGUGGUCCUGCUGGAAGAGGAUCGAGCUGAGAGAAAAUCCCAGAGGAAGCUGAGGUCUCAAACAGACACGCUGUCUUUCAGCGAUGGAAGUUUACAGCUCAACACCAAGCUGCCUUUUCUUUAUGGUCGCAGCAUCAGCGUGGUGCACUUCUCUCAGGUGCAGAGGCACACCAUGAUGUCAGUCCACAGCCCUACAACGAAGCCCAGUGCUGUGCGUCUGGACAGCUGCACCAUCAUCUGCAUCUGGAACAUUUGGGAGCCAUCCAGACCCCAAAAAGUCCUUGUCUAUGAAUCUGAGGUGCAGUGUUGCUGCUUCAGCUCCGGAAAGGCCACAUUGGUGUUUGCAGGCACGUCAGUUGGCUCUGUGGUGCUGUGGGACCUGAGGGAGCAUGCUCGUAACCAUUAUCGCCUGAAGAUAGGAGAGGAUGAGUGGACUUUUCGACAGCCCACCUUCUCCACUGAUGCCGUGAUGGCCAGUGCAGGUCAUUUCUCAUCUGUGACCUCUGUAGAAGUUGUCCCCUCCACUGUAGUGGGGGGGCUGAGGCCAGAGGUUCCCCUUUUGGCAUCUGAGGAAGAGUCGUCAGGAUUGUCAUUCCAGCUGGCUUCUCUGGAUGAAAGUGGGGUUUUAAAUUUCUGGGUGGUAGUGGAACUCCCAAAAGCUAACGAGGCCGGCUCACCAACAGAUCUAGGGCUCAGGCCUGGGGGCAAAGUAAAGUUACUUCACAGCUCCUCCCUCCUCACUGCUGAGAGGGUAUCACCACGAGAAGCAGUGAAAAUGGGGCCGUUACAGACACUUCAUUUGAAAUUCCUUCCAACAGACUCCAAUCAUUUCUUUAUUGGCACCAAUAUGGGUCUGGUCAAUCAUGGAACGAGUCACGGUUUGAAGGCUCCGCCAAGGUUUUACAGGUUUCAGGAGGUGGGAGUUCGACCUGUUGACAUCAGCUCAAUCCACUUUUCUCCCUUCAUGCGGCACUUGUUCUUGGUGGGUUGUGGGGAUGGCAGCAUCAGGCUGCAUGCAGUCAGCCAUGAGCAGCCUGUGGCAGAGUGGAAGGACAGUGCAGCUGGUGAACCAGUGGUCUCACUGCAGUGGGCUCAAACCAGACCAGCAGUCUUCUGUGUACUGGAUGCAGCCUCUAACCUCCACAUAUGGGACCUGCUGGAAAAUGACAGAGAGCCUGUGGUCACUGAAAGGAUGAAUUCUGACAGGGUGACUGCCAUGGCUGUGUUUGGAGACGCAGGACAACAAAACGUAUAUUCAGGAAUAGCACUGGCACAUGAGUCAGGAACAAUAGAAAUGCAGUAUUUCACAAGAAAUUUGACUGCGCCCAUUACUGCUGAAGAGGAGAAGUUGGAGAGUAUGAUGACUGAGGCCUUCUGAAAACUGCAUCUCAUAUGGCUGCAUUGAUGUGUUUGUGUUUCAGAAGAUUUGCUGCAUUUUUAAACUCCACAAGAGCAUAAAGAUCAAUUUAUAAGUCUGUUUUUGUCACGGUCACAUUGUAUAGUUUAUAGCUUGUAGCAUAUAGAAUGUGGCUGAAUACCAAAGAUCCUCCACAGAGGCCACAAUUCAUUUAAUAUCCUCCAUAAUUACAUUAUAAGAAUUAAAUAAUGUAAAUGUUUGUUGAUGUAAAUAUUUCUACUGUUGACUGAUAUUGAUUAAUGUAAAAUAUUUGUACAGUAUCAACUAGUUUAAUUUUUAUUAAAUAAACUG